CUGCCUCCACUUCUUACGGUAACGAGAAACUGCUGUUUCUCAGCUGAUAAGAGGCAUCCACUCCCGGGCAGCCUCCUCAGUCGGGACUUAGCAGCACAGAAGCCCACCGCAGCCCACCGCCUCACUUUGCAGACAGGCGCUUUUUGCGGCCGUAAGACCCAAGAUGCUGGACAACGAGGACCAUCUCUUGGAGAACCACCCGCGAGAACUCACCCAGAACCCGCUGAAGAAGAUCUGGAUGCCGCAUAAGAACAGCCACAUCGGGCACAGACGGGUAUGCAUGACAAACUGCCCGACGCUCAUCGUGACCGUCGGACUUCCUGCCCGAGGAAAGACGUACAUUUCAAAGAAGCUCACCCGCUACCUGAACUGGAUAGGCGUACCAACCAAAGAGUUCAACGUCGGUGAUUAUCGGAGAGAGUCUCUGAAGAUCUACAAGUCUUUCGAGUUUUUCCGUCCAGACAACGAAGAGGGCGUUAAAAUCAGACGUCAAUGUGCGAUGUCUGCGCUGAAUGAUGUGCGGCAGUAUCUGAGUGUCGAAGGAGGACAAGUUGCUGUGUUUGACGCUACGAACACGACAAGAGACAGAAGAGGAACCAUCAUAAAGUUCGCCGAACAGAACGGGUUCAAAGUAUUUUUUGUGGAGUCUGUGUGUGAAGACCCGGAGGUCAUUGCACAAAACAUUGUGCAAGUGAAGCUGGGAAACCCAGACUACUUGAACUGCAGCUCAGAGGAGGCCAUCGAAGACUUCAUGGAGAGAAUAAAGUGUUACGAGACUUCCUACCAGCCUCUGGAUGAAGAUCUGGACGGAGACAUGUCUUACAUAAAGAUCAUGGAUGUGGGUCGUCGAUACCUGGUGAACCGCGUUGUUGACCACAUCCAGAGCCGAAUCGUCUACUACCUGAUGAAUAUCCACAUCACUCCACGCUCCAUCUACCUCUGUCGUCAUGGUGAAAGCGAUCUCAACAUCAAGGGACGCAUCGGAGGAGACUCCGGCUUGUCUUCCAGGGGGAAAGAGUUUGCUAAACGCUUGAGGAGCUUCCUUGAAGAGCAGAAAAUCAAGGAUCUGAAGAUCUGGACCAGCCAGAUGAAGAGAACCAUCCAGACAGCAGAGUGCCUUGGCGUUCCAUAUGAACAAUGGAAAUCCCUCAACGAGAUCGAUGCUGGUGUGUGUGAAGAAAUGAUGUAUGAGGAGAUCCAGAAGCAUUUCCCUCUGGAGUUCGCUUUGAGAGACCAAGACAAGUACCGCUACCGCUAUCCAAAAGGAGAGUCGUAUGAAGACCUGGUGCAGCGGCUGGAGCCUGUGAUCAUGGAGUUGGAGAGGCAGGAGAAUGUCCUGGUCAUUUGUCACCAGGCUGUGAUGCGUUGCCUGCUGGCGUACUUCCUGGACAAGACUUCACAUGAGUUGCCUUAUCUCAAGUGUCCUCUACACACCGUCUUAAAGUUGACACCCGUUGCUUAUGGAUGUAAAGUGGAGUCUGUGUAUUUAGGCGUGGAGUCUGUGAACACACACAGAGACCGACCAGAGAACGUGAACGUGCAGCGCAGCACCGAAGAUGCUCUGCAGACGGUUCCAGCUCACCUCUAAUAUCUGUGAUCGUUGCUCCAGCAGGAACAUCAUUCGGCGUAAGCGACGCCUGCUCUGCAGCUUCAAUCGACUCCGUGCAGUACUUUUAGUUUCUAUUGGGAGAAAUCCAUUCCUUAUCUGUGGGACCACUGUUACUGGUGCUACAAUAAUCCCAGUAGUAUCAUCUGUGACUGUUGUGCUGAGUCCUGUGUGUACCGUCACGCGCUUCUGUUGACUUGGAAGAUGUUUUUAAUCAACUGAAAAAAACUGAUAACUCCAGAAGAACCUCAUAAUAGUGUAUUUUGUGUUAUUUUUUUAGAUCACUGCUUUAUUUUUACUUACUGUAUUAUAUUUUAUACUGAAGCUGUAAAGAAAAAAAAUAAAAGGUGCCGAAAGAACUAACAGAGCCAGAUGAACCGAAUGCAUUCCACUGAAGUCUCUAAAUGUGUUUCUGUUGCUAUAUUCCAAAAUGUGACAACCUCAGUAAAAUCAAGGACUUUUAGUGAAGCUGAUUUUUAUGAUUAGAUACUAAACAGAAAAUAUAUCUACCGUCCUGUUCCUGGUCUGCGCUCUGAAUGAAAGUAUGAAGUGUGGUACCAUGCAAGUGAUAGAUCUCUAUCAUAUUACUACCUGUUAUUGUACAUAUCUGUGCUGAAUAUGCAGCUCUGGAAAAGGAAAUGUGAAACAGCUGAAAAAUAACCACUAAAAUACAAAGUAAACUUUGUAUUUUAUUUUUAUUUUUUAUUAAUUGCCAGAUGUGUAAAUUUGUUUCAUCUGUUUGCAUGUGAAAUAAAACAUUAACUGAU